GAAAACCUUGAAGGGCACAAAAAUUGUGAGAGCCACAGCCCACAAGCACAAGGAUAAGGAUAAUAAACAAGUUUCAGUUUCCACACAUCUUCAGAUCAUCACGUCACCGUCACUUCUUGCUUCUAUUUGUGCUUCUCCUAUAAAAUUAAACAAAGGGAAGCAAUUUUCGUCGGUGCCUCUGGAAACUCUCUGUCUACUGAGUUGUUGGUUCUUCGCCAGUCCACGAUGAUGCAGCCUAGUGCAGAAGCUAACCAACGUAUUGCAAGGAUCUCUGCUCAUCUCCGCCCCUCGAAUCUUCAGAUGGAGGCGAGUUCCAUUUUGAGGCGUGCGAAUUGCCGAGCAAAAGGUGGUGCACCCGGAUUCAAAGUCGCAAUUUUGGGUGCUGCCGGAGGUAUCGGACAGCCUCUUGCAUUGCUGAUGAAGAUGAAUCCACUGGUUUCAGUUCUUCAUCUCUACGAUGUUGUCAAUUCUCCCGGUGUCACGGCAGAUAUCAGUCACAUGGACUCUGGUGCUGUGGUACGUGGUUUUCUGGGGCAGCCGCAACUGGAGAGUGCUCUUACUGGGAUGGACCUUGUAAUAAUUCCGGCCGGUAUUCCCAGGAAGCCUGGGAUGACUCGAGAUGACCUUUUCAAGAUCAAUGCUGGCAUUGUUAAGACCCUCUGUGAAGGGAUAUCCAAGUGCUGCCCUCAGGCCAUUGUCAACUUGAUCAGUAAUCCUGUCAACUCUACCGUUCCGAUUGCAGCAGAGGUGUUUAAGAGAGCUGGUACCUAUGAUCCAAAGCGACUUCUGGGAGUCACAAUGCUUGAUGUUGUGAGAGCCAAUACUUUUGUGGCAGAAGUUUUGGGAAUUGAUCCCAGGGAUGUUGAUGUUCCAGUCGUUGGGGGCCAUGCUGGAGUUACAAUUUUACCCCUUCUGUCACAGGUUAAGCCUCCAUGCUCCUUCACCCAAGAGGAAAUUAGCUAUUUAACAGACCGGAUUCAGAAUGGUGGGACAGAAGUUGUUGAGGCAAAAGCUGGGGCUGGCUCUGCAACAUUGUCAAUGGCAUAUGCUGCUGCUAAGUUUGCAGACGCAUGCCUACAUGGCUUGAGAGGAGACGCAAACAUUGUGGAAUGCUCUUUUGUAGCUUCUCAGGUGACGGAACUCCCUUUCUUUGCAUCCAAGGUACGACUUGGUCGUACCGGAGCUGAGGAGAUCUUACCUCUCGGGCCCCUAAAUGAAUACGAGAGGGUUGGUUUACAGAAGGCGAAGAAAGAGUUGGUAGAAAGCAUUGAAAAGGGGAUUUCUUUUGUUAGGAAAUAGAUCAAUUGCCAAAUAAUAUCAUUGUCUCGGAGAUGCUCUCACCUCUGAUAGGAUAGAUAUGCAAGUCCUGUAAGUUUUUCAAUUGCCUUUUGUAAACUACAGUUCCUUAUAAAUACGAUGUCUCCUGUUCUCAAAUCAAAA